AUGGCGCUACCGGAGGUGAAACGGUCGUUACUGCAACAGCAGCAACAGUCUGCGAGUACGAGCAGCUCGACACAGUUGCAGGCAUUGAAAGAUAUGAAAGUAGCUGGAGUAUGGAAGAUUGGCAAGAAAAUUGGUUCUGGAUCGUUUGGAGAUAUAUAUAAAGCGACGAACGUACAAACUGGUCAAGAAGUGGCUCUGAAAGUUGAGAGUAUCCGAGCAAAGCAUCUACAGCUACUCUACGAAUACCGCCUCUUACGACACUUACAGGGAGGCGAAGGGAUAGCGCAGGCGUAUUGCUGCGAGUCAGAGGGCGAUUACAACGUUAUGGUCAUGGAGCUACUUGGACCUUCCCUAGAAGACACGUUCAACUUGUGCAACCGCGUCUUUUCUCUCAAAACAAUUUUGCUGCUCGCAGACCAAUUUCUUCAGCGAGUUGAGUAUAUACACAACAGAAGUUUCAUUCAUAGAGAUAUCAAGCCUGACAACUUCCUUCUCGGAGGCGCGGAUCAUCAAGACACUAUAUACAUAAUCGACUUCGGCCUGGCGAAGAAAUAUAGAGACCCUCGUACACACCAACAUAUACCAUAUAGGGAAAACAAAAAUUUGACGGGAACUGCACGCUACGCAUCAAUCAGCGCUCACUUAGGCUCUGAGCAGAGUCGUCGUGAUGACCUCGAAGCUGUUGGAUAUGUUCUUAUGUACUUCUGCAGAGGGGGCACAUUGCCAUGGCAGGGUAUCAAAGCCAAUACAAAACAAGAGAAAUAUCAUAAAAUUAUGGAGAAGAAAGUGGCGACGUCUGUUGAGUCUCUUUGCAAAGGAUAUCCACCGGAAUUUGCGACUUACCUAAAUUACUGUCGCUCUCUGCGUUUUGAAGACCGCCCUGACUACGCCUACCUGCGGCGACUAUUUAAAGACCUCUACAUACGCAAAGGCUACAAU